AUGGCAGCGAACGCAAAUGGGCGACUCACUCCCUUGAGGACCGUUUCUGAACCACAGGACGUCGCAUCACCACGGAUCGGCGUUGUGGUCUUCUCCGGUGGCAGUGCCGCCAACAGUAUCGUGGAUGUGUUCGAGCAUGUCAGAGCAGCGAAUCACUCCACCUUGAGUUAUGUGAUACCCGUCAGUGACAAUGGCGGCUCAUCAAGCGAGCUGAUACGCGUCUUCGGCGGACCAGGUAUCGGCGACCUUCGGUCUCGCCUCGUUCGUUUGAUACCAAAGCAUGACGAAGAAGCUUCGGCGAUCAAGCAUUUCUUCAACUACCGUUUGCCCAAGUCAUAUGAACCAGCCCGCGCAGAAUGGCUCGAUAUCAUCGAGUCGACACACUCACUGUGGGUCGGCGUGUCAUCGCCGAAAAAGGAGCUCAUUCGCAGCAUUCUUAACACGAUCAAUUUGGAAAUGCUCAAGCGCCUGAGGCCGACGAGCAGAUUCGAUUUUUCGGGAGCGAGCAUAGGCAACCUGUUCCUGACCGGUGCGCGACUUUUCACUGGGAGCCUUGAGGCUGCUAUCUACCUGCUCUCAAGCAUCUGCGCCGUCCCGCCAACCGUCUCAGUGCUCCCCGUGGUGAACACCAAUUUCGCGUUCCACAUCGCCGCUGGACUGGCCAACGGGACUGUAAUCACAGGACAGAACAAUAUCAGUCACCCUAGUGCGCCCACUCGCGCUGUUCCUGGCGAAUCGCCAAUGUCGCCUGGAAGUAUUGCUCGAAGGGACGCCGAAGAACAGGACAAGGCAGAAGAUGCCAACGGACCAGGCACUUUACCAGAUCUCCGCAAGGCUGCCCUGACAUUUUCGAAAGAUCAUGAGGAGGAUCUUCCGGCCCGUAUUGAGCGGCUCUGGUACAUUAAUCCCUAUGGCAACCAGAUAAGCUACCCAGCGAAUCCGCGCGUGAUAGAUGCGCUCAACAAUGCCUCUUGCAUUAUCUACAGCAUUGGCUCUCUUUUCACCUCGAUUGUCCCGUCCCUGAUCCUUCGCGGUGUUGGCCAGGCAGUGAGCUCUACAAUGAUCCGGAGCAAAAUACUCAUCCUCAACGGCACGAUUGACCGUGAGACUGGACCGUCCACCGAUCCGUACACGGCAAUGGACUUUGUGGGCGCUAUUGCGAAUGCAUGCUGCGAGUCCCGUGGCUUGCCACAGCCUACCCAGGAUCAGUACUGGUACUACGUAACACACCUUGUUUAUUUGGAAAGUCCAACGACACCUCGAGUAGACCGAGAAGCCUUCAGUGUAGCCGGCAUCGAAGCCAUACGCCUUUAUGGACGAGGCGAGAACGGCAAAGGUGGACGCUACGACGCGAAGGCUUUGACGCAGGCUCUGGAAGCCAUUGUAGGGAGGAAGGAUCUGAAGAGUGACAAAACUCGGCGUAACACGCUUAUCGGAUGA